GAGAGAUGCGGCGCUCCGUAACACCCGCAGCUGUGAUUAGGAAAACCUGUGGAGGCCUGGCUGGAGACGAGCGUGUGAGUUUGAAGGUGAAGUGAGUGGAAGGCGUCGUGCGAGGCAGGAUUUCAUGGAGUAGGCCGCUGGCGUGUUGGUGUUUAUGUUAUGCACCAAAACGACAAGGCCUUUGCGGAACUUUCCCUCAAACGGACUUAAACUCAAACACUGGAGAGCAUUUUUUUGUACCCCUCUUUGGUUCGUGCGUAAACCUGGAAACGUAUGAGUAGGUUUAAAACCACUUUGUGACUUUUUUUAAAAAUAACUUUCAGUGUGAGACGCGUGCCAGAUUUAAUAGGGUUGUUAACUCGUUUGGAAGAUGUCUGAGAGGUCGCAGAGUCCGGAGUACCAAAGCAGGCCGUAUGACUUCAGCCGCUCCAACACUUGCGCCCAGCUUCUGGGUCAAGACGUUCUGGGCAACGCUGCGUCAUUCCAACUUUCCCACAGCGUUUUGUCGGACCCGAGCAUCCUCUACAACAAAGCCGCGUAUGGUGCCAUCACAUCGGCCUCCGCGCAGACUAUUUUCCCGUUCCCAGCCAUGACCAGUGACUACAGGGGACCUGACUUGCAGGCAGGAGAUUUUGGGCAACCAAAGCACUGGUAUGCCUUCGCCGCACCCGAGUACACCGGCCAGGUACCCGGCGUGACGGCACUGACCCAGCCUACAAACCUCAGCCCCCCUAUAGCCGAGACCCGGGAGCAAAUCAAACACCCCGAAAUUAAGACGGAGAAGGACACCGGGGAUGACUACGCAACGGAGAUAAAGGCUCAACACUACCCGACCCCGCCAACCUCUGCCGCGAUGCCCCACGGAGUCUUCUACCCUGCGGCGUGGAACCCGUCCUUCUGGCCUGGGAUCGCGCACAUCACCCCGCCUGGCAGCAACCACCCAAACCCCUCAACGUCUUCCGCAUCCUCCCCGUCUAUGUCCCCUUCGCCCCCGAGCAACGGUCUACCAGGAAACGCGUUUUUCAGCGUGAGCGCUACUCAGUCGGCCCCGGGGCCCCAAGCCCCGAACGUGGCCUCCUCCACGCGCAGCAGCGGCUCCUCCAGCGGCGGGUGCAGCGACUCAGAGGAGGAGAACCUGUCCACAGAGGAACUGGAGCAGUUUGCUAAGGAACUGAAACACAAGCGCAUCACGUUGGGUUUCACUCAAGCUGAUGUUGGCCUAGCCCUGGGGAACCUUUAUGGCAAGAUGUUCAGCCAGACAACGAUUUGCCGCUUCGAGGCUCUUCAACUCAGCUUUAAGAACAUGUGCAAGCUCAAACCUCUUCUGCAGAGAUGGCUGAAUGAAGCCGAGACCUCGGAGAAUCCCCAGGAUAUGUACAAGAUCGAGAGAGUGUUUGUUGACACCAGAAAGAGGAAGCGGAGGACCAGCCUAGAGGGCGCUGUGCGCUCUGCUCUGGAGUCUUACUUUGUCAAGUGUCCCAAACCCAACACCCAGGAGAUCACACAGAUUUCAGAUGACUUGGGCUUGGAGAGAGAUGUGGUACGUGUUUGGUUCUGCAACCGAAGACAGAAAGGAAAGCGACUGGCUUUGCCGCUGGAUGAAGAGUGCGAGUAUUACGAGCAAAGCCCAUCCCCACUGAACAUGGUCCCAUCCCCCAUUCCCAGCCAGAGCUACCCUGUUAGCUCCUACCCUGGAGCCCCUCCUCCCCCACUGUACAUGCCCCAACUUCACCGGCCUGACGUCCUGAAACAAGCCCUUCACCCAGGACUUGUUAGUCACAUGACAGGAUAAACAUGUUCAAAGUCCUGGCCAAAUCCACAGACUACCCCCCCAAACUCCUCUUUCAACCCCAACUCAAGAUGAAGACGAGGGUCUCUUGUUGACAGGAGUCGCAUCAUCCCAACGGGGACCUGAAACUCCACACCAAAGUGAUUUGACUUCAAAAUUUUUGGACUUCUUGUUAAAUGUGCCUUUUUUUUUGGAUUAAGCAGAUUAAAUUAUUCCAUAGGCUUUAAUAGUUGCAUUUUCUUCUUGCGCUAUAGUCCAGUUCCAGAGUGACGAUGUAAAUACCAGCAGGGUUAAAGAACCAGGGUUAUCUCCUCCACUUAAGCUAAAUCCUAGGUUUUCUGUGGCGUAGAUGAAAUGUGAAUCUGGGUUAAUGGGGGAUAAAAAAAAAGUGAGUAGUGGUUCUUUUUAAAUGCAAAAUUCCUCUCUAUAGUAUGAAAAUGUUGUCCAUCUGUAAAAAGCAGCUAGAUUAUUGGUCUAAAAUAUCUUCCAUUGAAAUGGAAAACAUAGAAUCUUUUUAUGGUGAAUUUUUCCUUGAAUUUUGCACAAAGUGGCUUUUGUAAUGUUGAAUAUUUUCUUCUUUCUCUUUUUUUUUCUCCGUGUUUGUAUAUCAAACCCAAAUUUUUCCUGACCAAAUUUAUGUAGGAGAAAUCAAUGAUGUUAGGUGUACCAAACUGAAUCAAAAGCAACAUUAAGGGAGUGUGAAGAAAGUUUUCUUGGUGUCUUAGCUGCUAAAUCUGCCAUUUGCACACGGUCAGUGUAUUUUUUUCUCGGUGUCUCUUGUGAGUGGCGGCGAGUAACGUCCGGCCAGACUUUGAUCGGCUGUUCUCAAGGUGAUUAAAUGUGUCCGUGUACCAGAUUGUGUAAAGAUGUUCUAUGUUGUCGGAAUAACUAAAUCAAAUGUUCACUGAAAGUUGCUUUAUAGUCAAUGAGACUUUUUUCAGAAAUGGACAUUAAAUGUCUCGAUACCUCA